AUGUCCCCUUCCCUCAUCCGCUCAUCCUCCCACUCCCUCCCAACCCACACACUCACCCACACACCCCAUCCAACCAGCUACGUCCUCUCCCUCCUCCCCCUCCCGUCCAAAUACGCAAUCUCCUACUCCUCCCCUCUCACCCAUAUCGGGCUCCUCGACCCUCUAACACUACACGAGCUCUCCCUUCUACAGGGCCACGCUGCGCCCGUGACUGCCCUCCAUGCGCUAGGGGACGGAGUGCUUUCUGCUUCUAUGGACGGGACAGUUCGGCGCUGGGACCCCAGGGAGGGGGGAUGUGUCGCUACUCUCUCUUCGGGCAAGGCGGAGCUGUUAUCUGUCAGCGCAGCGGGGGACGGGGCGCUCGUAGCAGCGGGUAGCGAGCUAGUGGGGGAGGAUGCUCUCCUGUACUUCUGGGAUUUGAGAACAGGAAAACAGCUCCAUUCCCACAGCUCGACACACAGCGACGACAUCACCUGCCUCUCGUUCCACCCCUCCUCCACCACCUUACUCUCAGGGAGCACCGACGGUCUUCUGUGCCUAACGAACCCGCUCGAAGCAGAGGAAGACGAGGCGGUGCUAGAAGUGGGCAAUUGGGGGGUGAGCGUGGCUGAUGCUGGAUGGGGAGAGGGGAGGGUGUGGGCGAGGAGCGAUAUGGAGACUGUGAGCGUUUGGGAUCAGGAGCUCAACUUGGUACAUGAUUUUGGAGACGCGAGGGUUCCGGAAAUCGAGAACUGGAAAACAGACUACGUGGUACAAUGUUCGCUAGAAGAAGAGGACAUGGUCCUCCUGGCAGGGUCUAACGAGGGCUCCUUUGCCCAGAUUCGCGCUAACCCCCAAGGGUGGAUACUAGACCGCACGUUUGUAGGAGGGCACGAGGGGAUCGUACGCUGUGUUCUGGUUGACAACGGGGAGGGGAGGAUGGUGUCGGGCGGGGAGGAUGGGAGGGUCGUUAGCUGGGAUCUGGGGGCUGGUGAUUCGGAACAUGCAGGAGAUGUAGAAAAGGAGGAGGAGGAGGAGGAUGGGAUGGAGGUUGACCACCCGCAGCCUCCGCCUCUGCCUAGGGAAGUGAAGAGCCCCGUACAAAAGGGGAGGAAGAAGGCGCGGUAUGAGCCUUAUGCGAGGUGAGCAAGUCGGGUCUGGAGAUGUGGGUAGUUUGAGUUUAGGUUGUGGGUGUGAAAGGAGUAGAAGUGAGAAUUGAAUGUUAU